CUUGCUCAAUCGACACUUGGCCAACAUGUCGAACAUGAUGCAACCUCAGAUUAUCCUUCUCAAGGAAGGGACGGACGACUCGCAGGGCAAGGGCCAGCUGCUGACCAACAUUGCGGCGUGCCAGGCUGUGGUGGAGACCAUUGCUACCACGCUCGGCCCGCGCGGGAUGGACAAGCUGAUCAAGUCGGAGACCGGCGAGGUGACCAUUUCCAACGACGGGGCGACGGUGCUGUCGCUGCUGGAGGUUGUGCACCCUGCGGCACGGACUGUGGUCGACAUUGCGGCGUCUCAGGAUGCUGUUGCGGGCGACGGGACGACGUCUGUUGUUCUCCUUGCCGGCUCGUUCAUGCAGGCGGCCAAGGAGUACAUCCAGGACGGUGUCCACCCGCAGGUCAUCAUCCGGGCAUUCCGCAAGGCUGGUGCGCUCUGCAAGGAGCGGAUCAAGGAGAUCUGCGUGUCUGUCGGCGACGUGGCCGGGUCGGACAACGUGACGGAUCUGCUGAUCAAGUGCGCCGGGACGGCGAUGUCGUCCAAGCUCAUCCACCACCAGAAGGCCUUCUUUGCGCCGAUGGUCGUGGAGGCGGUCAAGACGCUCGACGACGACCUCGACCUCAACAUGCUCGCGAUCAAGAAGGUGACCGGCGGCGCGUUGCAGGACUCGAUCCUGGUCAAGGGCGUGGCGUUCAAGAAGACCUUUUCGUACGCCGGCUUUGAGCAGCAGCCCAAGACGUUUGCCUCGCCGGGCGUCCUGCUCCUCAACGUCGAGCUCGAGCUCAAGGCCGAGAAGGACAACGCCGAGAUCCGCAUCGACGACGUUUCCGAGUACCAGCGCAUUGUCGACGCCGAGUACCGCAUCAUCAACGACAAGCUGGAGGCCAUUGUCGCCACCGGCGCCAAGGUCAUUCUUUCCAAGCUGCCCAUCGGCGACCUGGCGACCCAGUUCUUUGCCGACCGCGGCCUCUUCUGCGCCGGGCGGGUGAACAAGGCCGACCUGACCCGCGUCUCGCGUGCCACUGGCGCGUCCAUCCAGACCUCGGUCAACGGGCUCACCUCCGACGUUCUCGGCACGUGCGAGAAGUUUGAGGAGGUUCAGGUGGGUGACGAGCGGUACAACUUCUUCACCGGCUGCCCCGAGUCGCGGACGGCGACCAUUGUGCUCCGCGGCGGCGCCAAGCAGUUUAUCGACGAGGCCGAGCGCUCGCUCCACGACGCCAUCAUGGUUGUCCGCCGUGCCAUCAAGACGCCGUCGGUGGUCGCCGGUGGCGGCGCCAUCGAGAUGGAGCUCUCGCGCUUCCUCCGCGAGCACGCCCGCACCAUCCGUGGCAAGUCGCAGAUCCUCAUCAACGCCUUUGCCAAGGCUCUCGAGGUCAUCCCGCGCCAGCUCUCCAACAACGCCGGCUUUGACUCGACCGACAUCCUCAACAAGCUCCGCCAGCGCCACGCCAUGGACGACGGCAUCUGGUACGGUGUCGACGUCACCACCGGCGACAUCUGCAACACCCUUGAAUCGUUUGUCUGGGAGCCGACCCUCAUCAAGCUCAACGCCAUCGGCGCCGCCGUCGAGGCCACCAACAUGAUUCUCUCCAUCGACGAGACCGUCAAGGCUCCGCCCUCCAAGGUCGGCGACAAGCACGCGCUUCCGGGCAUGUAGACACGCUCCGCCUCCUGUUUGUGUGAAGGAUCAAAGCCCCCCCCCCCCACCCCCACCCCAAGUCCAAGGUUAAGAAAUUGAAUUGUAACGCCCA